AUUCGUUGUUCAACCUUAUAUAACCAUUAUUUUAUCAUCCCACUUUUAAAUAAAAAAAUAUUUGACCUCUUUUGGAGUCAUAUAUCUUCCGGUCGGGUUUGACCCAACAGAUCAACCCGAGAAACCCGGUACCCAUUAUCGUGAACUCGCAAAUUGGGGACCAGAAACAUCAACAUCGUAGAAAACCCAAAUUUAAACGGGUCACUCUUCACAUAUACUUCCAAAAUUCUUGAAUUUGGUCUCGUCUUGUUUAGAGCUUCCCGGAUCUUCUCAAUAUGCCAGAUAAUGAAGAUUCGGUUGCGGUAACUCAGUCUGGCGUAUUACCACUUGCCAAACUCAAACGUUGGCAAUGGUGGGUUCUCGUUGCCUUCAACAUUUUUUUUCUAAUUAUUGGUCAAAUUGUCGCAGUUCUUCUGGGUCGAUUUUAUUACGACCAAGGUGGAAAUAGUAAAUGGAUGGCUACACUUGUUCAAACUAUCGGGUUUCCGAUCCUUUUCAUCCCGUAUUUUCUUUUUCCUUCGAUUACUACAUCAUCAUCUACACCCACCACAUCCGUUUCACCGCGUGUUAUUUUCUUGCUCUAUGUUGUUCUCGGUGCCCUAAUUGCCGGUGACAAUAUGUUAUACUCUGUCGGAUUAUUAUACCUUUCGGCCUCUACUUACUCCCUCAUAUGCGCCACUCAAUUAGCCUUCAAUGCAGUCUUUUCAUUUUUCUUAAAUUCCCAGAAAUUUACCGCUUUAAUUUUCAAUUCUGUGGUGGUUCUUUCGUUAUCCGCCUCACUGCUUGCCGUCAAUGACAACUCAGAUGAACCGUCUGGCGUAUCGAAAAAGAAUUACGCCUUUGGUUUUGUGGCUACGCUUGGUGCGUCUGCUCUUUACGCAUUUUUACUUUCGAUCAUGCAACUUUCAUUCCAAAAAGUUAUAAAAAAAGAAACGUUUUCUGUCGUUCUCGAGCUUCAAAUCUACACUUCGUUCUUUGCCACUUGUGUUUCUACCAUCGGUCUUUUUGCUAGCGGCGAGUGGCGGACUCUGGGCGGUGAAAUGGAUAGUUUUGGUAAGGGGGGUAUGGCUUACGUGAUGACGUUGGUUUGGACCGCUGUGGCUUGGCAGGUGUGCUCGGUUGGCGUUGUGGGGUUGAUUUUUGUGGUGUCGUCUUUGUUCUCGAAUGUGAUUAGUACUCUGUCGUUGGCGUUGACUCCGUUGGCCGCACUAGUCGUGUUUCAUGACAAAAUGAACGGUGUAAAGCUGAUUGCGAUGCUAAUGGCCUUGUGGGGUUUUUGUACUUACAUUUAUCAGAAUUAUCUUGAUGAUCUUAAGGCGAAGAGAGAACAGACGGAUGCUACUGGGGCAGUUUUAUCCGAAGGAUCAACUCCAUUGCUACUUGAAGCAUAAACAGAAGCAGGAAACUAGCUCCUCCAGAUGCACCAGUUGAGGUAUGUUCUGACUUUUGUGGUCAAACGAGGCGUUCUAACAUUGAGAAUUCUAUAUAACUAGGAAGAAAAGGUAGGCGUGAUGAUGUAUUUGUAACAGUAGAACUUUUGGUCGCUUGUUUUAAUAAAAAUUCGGGGUAGGAUUGGAUUUGAAAUGACUCGUUUGACCGUAAAAAGUCAAAAUAGAUUUCUUCAACUGCAAUGGAGGCGAUGGAUUUCCAGUAUAGGUAUUGUGCAUGAAAGUUAAGGGGAUGGUGGCUUUAGGCGGUGGUGGAAGCGUCUGUGACCAAUUUGUUGGCGUUGGAGGUGCUGGUUAGUUUAGCUAUUGUUGUAAUUUGAACAUUGUAUUAAUUUGUUGUUUAAUGAAAUGUAAACAUGUAAACAAAAACAUGUUACAUAUGAAAAAAAAAUUGUAACAAGGAUCCUUGUAGA